UUGCUCAUUACCCUCUCGGAGGGAUGAAAGUUGAAAGGAAUCUACCGAACUAGAGAACCAAACCGAUGAGGUUCGGUUUGACCGAACCGACCCAUAGGGUUUCUUUUAUCCAAUAGAGAGACACGAAAAACUCUGUUUCUCUUGAGUGUCGUCUCGCCGUCGUCACCUCACUCACACUCAGCCCCGCCGAUCAGCCGUCUUUACCGUAUACUACUCAAUCACCGUGAAGUCGACGUGGGAUAAGCCAGGAAUUAGGCUCGCCCUCUUCUCUGCUAACAUCGGCAGUAUCCGCGUCGACAUCGGAGAAGUGACGGUCAUCGAGGAAGUUGAUUGCAUGCCAGACUUUAAGGCGCCUUCCUCUCCUAUCUCUUUCUCUCUAUCACGGUCAUUGUAGAAGUAACGAUCCUCGGGGAAUUCUGGUUUUGGUCGAAACGUGAUUCAACCUUCUGUCCCCAUUGUGGUUUUGUUCGCUGAUAUUUCUGAUAUUUCAGGACCUAGCUAAUGGAGUUUUGCCCAACUUGUGGGAACAUGCUGCAAUUUGAGUUGCCCAAUAUGGGUAAAUCUUCCAGAUUCUUCUGCCCAACUUGUCCAUAUGUGUCCUACUUGGAGAACAGGGUAAAAAUCAAAAGAAAGCAACAUUUGGUAAAAAAGGAAUUAGAACCCAUAAUCUCUGAUGACGAUAUGAAAAAUGCAGCUCAAACCGAAGCAACAUGUCCAAAUUGCGCGUUUGGAAAGGCUGCUUUUAUACAAAUACAACUGAGAUCAGCUGAUGAACCUGCUACAACAUUUUACAAGUGCAUGAACGAAAAUUGUAGACAUAAUUGGCGCGAGGAUUAAAGGCCAAGUUUUUCAUUUUAUUUUUUUUUAACUCAUUUAGAAUAAUUUCUAUGAAUAAAUUAUUUUUUUAACGUGAAAUAGCAUUAUGAAUCUUGUUGGCACUUCAUAAUGAGAAUAAUAUCCUGUUUUAAGUU